AUGCACGAGGGAGAGACCCUAAAGGCGUAUUCGGAUAGGUAUUGGGAGAUGUAUAAUGAGAUGGAUGAAAACCACGAUGAUGUCGCCAUCAGCACGUUCAAAAGUGGUAUCCCCAUCGAGUAUGGCUUAAGGAAAUUUCUAACUAGUAAACCCGUUGCCAACAUUCAUCAGUUGAUGAAUAGAAUUGAUAAGUACAAAAGAGUGGAAGAAAACCAGUUACAAGGGAAAGGAAAGGAGAAGAUCGUUCCCCCCAAAGGGUAUGAUUACAGGUCGGAACGAUACAACCAUAACCAGCCGAGAAGAGAUUUUUCAAGACAAGCUGGGCAAACCAACAUGCAAACGGUUAAUGCCGUGUUCAAAGAGCCAGUACAGCAAAUUCUGGAGAAAGUCAAGAACGAACCUUUCUUCAGAUGGCCAGGUAAAAUGGCUGGAGACCCUUCGAAAUGCAACCAGAGCCUGUAG